ACAGAGACUUUGGAUUGCAGGUCUCUAGUGCAGCAUAACUGAGAGAAACUGGCUGAGGCUAUCACUCAAAGUCUGUACGCUUGACAGAGAACUGUUAGGAUGGGAAACAGUGCAUUAAAAGCCCACCUGGAGACAGCACAGAAAACUGGUGUGUUUCAGCUAACGGGAAAGGGACUUACAGAGUUUCCUGAAGAUCUGCAGAAGCUAACAAGCAACUUAAGGACAAUAGACUUGUCGAACAACAAAAUAGAGCUCUUACCACCACUCAUUGGAAAAUUUUCCUUUUUGAAGAGCCUUGUUCUAAACAAUAACAAACUGACUGCUUUACCUGAGGAGCUGUGUAAACUGAAAAAACUGGAAACACUACACUUGAAUGGCAAUCACUUGAGGCAGCUACCAGCUGCAUUUGGACAACUUUCAGCUCUCAAAACCCUGAACCUUUCUGGAAACCAGCUGCGGACUGUGCCUACACAACUCUCUGGUCUUCGCCACUUGGAUGUGGUAGAUCUUUCCAAAAACCAGAUCCAGAAUGUACCUGACACUGUGGGAGAAUUGCAGGCUAUUGAGCUCAAUUUGAAUCAGAAUCAGAUUUCGCAGAUCUCAGUGCAGAUCUCCCACUGUCCACGCCUCAAAGUCUUGCGUUUAGAAGAAAACUGUCUAGAACUCAGCAUGCUUCCUCAAAGUAUCCUCAGUGAUUCCCAGAUCUCACUGCUUGCAGUAGAAGGUAACCUCUUUGAAAUCAAGAAACUCAGAGAACUGGAAGGUUAUGACAAGUACAUGGAACGAUUUACAGCUACAAAGAAGAAGUUUGCAUGAUCAUUAUUCUGACCCUGCAUAUUCCCACUAAGAAGAGUUAGUGACUGAAGCACCUGCUUCACUGACUUAAACCAAGACUGAUGAUGGAGAUGAUCUAAGUACUCUUCCUCUAGUAGUCUGAUACAGUUGGUCUGUUAAGGCCACAUUGAAUAAACUUGAACUAGAAAACAUGGGUAUUGAACCAAUGAACCUGCCCAGGGGCCAGUUUUGAUUUUUGUGCCACUAUAGCUUUUAACACAAUACAUGUUCUCCUUUGUCAGGGAUUGUUCACAGAGAAAGGGAAUGAGUGCUUCAAAAUUGCCAGUUCCCUUUUGUCAGAAAGCUGGCUGUUGAUUUGUAAGAAAGAGGAUUAUUUCUCUUGGAAACAUUUUUCCCUGAUAGCACACAAGUUCUACCACCAAAGCAGAUCUGAAACGUUGUAUGUCUUGCAGUAAGCACUAUUCUACAGAGAAGAACUU